UAUUAAAAUUAUAAUAAAUUGAUAGUUAAACUCUCACAUUUUAUUUCAAAAAUAAUGAGUUCAAUUUCUGGUAACUACACAUUGUUACUAUUCGCCAUUAUUUUUUUUUUUUUUUUGUAUAGAUGAUUACUUUUUUUUGUGGCUAAAGUAUGCGGGAAGAACUUUAAGAAAUAACAUGAGUAUUUAAGAUGAAAUGAUUUCACCUAAAUUUUAUUCACAAAAUUAGUUAUAAUUAAUGUAAGAGCUUUCAACCACCAAGCUAAAGUGACAAAAGAGCCAUCAAAAUUUGUGAUUUUUUUUUUUAAAAACUCACUCUACUUUGACAACCAAAACACAUCCUGUCAGAAACUUUUCUCUUGUUUCUUGGUUCUGUAGUUAGCUGAAUUUCUCCGCUUUUUUGGUUCAAUAUAUUUGCCCAUGUACAGCAUAAAUGUGCUUUUUCUUUCUCUCAAAAAUUGAGAGCUUAUCUCACUAGAACGUGAGGCCACUUGGUUCGAGUAUGUUCUUAUCCUUCUUCACAGGUUUCUUCACCGACUUACAAAACAUCAAUCUCCAGCUAACAAACUCACUGGUCAAGGACACCUGGCCACCGCAUGUACACCGUUUGUCGUCCCUUCUUCAUCCGAUCAAAUCAGACAUUGUAAUUCUUGAAUCAGAUGAUAUUGCAAUGGCAAUCUCAUUGGAGGUUUCUAGACAAUCACUAAGACAUCUUGUCAUCGGAGUUUCAUCUGCAAGCAUCUUUUCAAUGAGAAGUUUGUCACUGAUGAGGGGAGAUGACUUAUCACAAGUUAUCUCAGAAAGUGCUCCGAGUUUUUGUUCAGUCUAUGUCGUUGGUGACGGAAAACUUCAGCAACUACGUCCUGCAGAUUCAGAGCAGAAUGUCAUAAGCAUGGAAGACACAAGUAAUUUGUCAAGCACGUCGACAGAUAGUUCUUCUAGCUCUUCUUCACUUACUAUAGGUCGUCUAUUGAAAAACAAACCUUCAUCACCAAGAUACGGAAGUGCAACUGCAGCUUCAGACUCCUCGACGUCCACUUCCCACCCAAAACAGCCUGACACUCUCCCAAGAAAUGCUGCUGGAACUAAGACAUUAGCAAGGGAGACAUUGGAACUCAAGCAUUAUACCUUUAAGGAUACAAACAUAAAAUUUGGCAAUUCCAGUACUCUGAGUCAAAGCUCUAGCAGCGGAGACUCUGGAUCUUGGGUUUCUGAUCGAACAUCCCCUGGAGGUUCAUUAAUAGGUACCCAAUCUGACGGUCCAUCACCUGUGGGAACUCCACCACCGAGAUCUUUCCUGAGCAAUCUGCAUACUGGAGCUGCUUUUACUGGGACCCACACAGCAGUUUCUUUUAUGAACACUCCUCCUGCAGUCUCUCCUGUAGGAACUCCGCCCACAAGUUCUUAUUUGAGCACUCCUCCUUCAGGCUCUCGCGCAGGAACUCCACCUGGAGGUUCUUAUGCGGGCACUCAUGCAGGAACUCCACCAGGAGGUUCUUAUGCGGGCACCCCUAUAGGAACUCCGCCAGGAGGUUCUUAUGUGGGCACUCCUAUAGGAACUCCACCAGGAGGUUCUUUUGUUGGCACUCCACCUUCGGUUUCUUUUCUAGGUAUUCCAUCAGGUUCUGAAAGAGGAACAUCAAAAAAUCAGAUAUCUGAACUUGAAAAGCUAAGGAUUGAACUUAGGCAUAUCGAAAAAAUGUAUGAACUGACUCAGAAUAGUUCUAUUGAUGAAAGGUUCCUCUUUCCCCUUGAUCAGCUCAAUGAAAUAAGCAAAGAACGACUAGAGGAAGCAUUGAAACUAAAGGAGGGAAAGGGUAAAGAUAUAACAAGUACAGAGAAGAACAAACUCAAGAAUAAAGCUAACAAUAAGGAUGCUCAAGAGGUUGAAGAGAGUAAGAACAAGCUUAAAGAGCUGUUUGCAAGUCCAGCUGUUCAAUAUCAGAAGUUCACAUGGGAGGAGAUCAUGGAAGCCACCUCAUCUUUGUCAGAUGAGUUUAAAAUAGGGAUGGGCGCAUUCGGGACUGUCUAUAAGUGCAAAUUGCACCACACCACUGUGGCGAUAAAGGUCCUACAUUGCAAAGACAGUGUCACAAACAAGCAAUUUGUUCAAGAGCUAGAAAUCUUAAGCACGAUUCGUCAUCCGCACUUGCUGCUGCUACUUGGUGCUGUCCCAGAAGAGAGCUGCCUUGUAUAUGAGUACAUGGACGAGGGUAGUCUAGAUGAUAGGUUGUUUCGUAAGACAAACAAGCCUGCUCUACCAUGGUAUGACAGGUUCAGAAUCUGCAGUGAGGUGGCAGGUGCUCUUGCCUUUCUCCACAGCACAAAGCCAAGACCUAUUAUUCACCGGGACCUUAAACCAGCGAACAUUUUGCUUGACCACCACUUAGUUAGCAAGAUUGGUGAUGCUGGUCUUGGUACAAUGAUCAAUGUAGAACCUAACAAUCAGUCCCUGAAAACAAUAUACAAGGAAACUAGCCCAGUUGGAACCCUUUGCUACAUUGAUCCCGAGUAUCAAAGGACCGGAAGAGUUUCAACUAAGUCAGAUAUAUAUGCCUUAGGAGUGGUGAUCUUACAGUUGUUGACAGCAAAACCAGCAGUUGGGAUAGCCUAUAUGAUCGAGGAUGCUAUAGAUGAAGGUACUUUGACAGAAAUCUUGGAUCCAGAAGCCGGCGAAUGGCCAGAGAAGGAAACACUUGAGUUGGCUAUGUUAGGACUGCAAUGUUCUGAGCUUAGGGGUAGAGAUAGGCCUGAUCUGAAAGAGAGAGUUCUUCCUGCUCUAGAGAGAUUCAAAGAAGUGGCUGACAGGGCCCGGGAAUCAGCCUCAAACGCCCUAACAGCAACACCGACACACUUUAUGUGCCCCAUUCUCAAGGAUUUCAUGGAGGACCCAUAUGUGGCAGCUGAUGGGUACACAUACGACCGAAAGGCGAUAGAGCAGUGGCUCACAGAAAACGACACGUCGCCUACUACAAACCAACCACUUCCUCACAAGUUUAUAAUGCCAAACACCUCCCUGCUUGAGGCUAUUACCCAAUGGAAGUCCAAAAAAUCGCCAAAUUGAUGCAGUUAGGGUGGAAACUAGCACUUCACUGCCUUAUCAUCUCUAGACUACUACUGGGACUUGGCUUUGAUUUGUGGAGGGAGUUGUUAUGCAUGAACCUUUAGCGACUACUAUGUAGGAUCUUCAACAGGGUCUAGAACCGGGAAAGAUUGAUUAGAUAUGCAUUAGACUGUUAUAUUAGGCUAUGUAAUGGGAAAAUGUAUCAGAUCAAUCAAAUGUACCCUCUUUUUGGAUUAGCAUGGAUGAUAUUAUGUACAUUAAUUUGAAUGGAAUCUGUGUAAUUUUGGAUGGGU